CCGUUGCUAAACACCCCUUCUGCUAAUGAAAAACUGGUUGCGAGUCUUUGGCUGUUGUUGUGUGGCUGUGAGUUUUCAGAAUUCACUUUGGUCCCAUUCAAAAAGAAUCAAAUGCUUUCUUCUUCUGUGCAGAGCUUAUCGCUAAAGCCAGUUUCUUUUUCUCUGGAACGUAGUAGUAAACAUGUUAAGGAUGAUGUUCUUACAAAAGCUUAUUAUAAAUACUCCUUUUUAUCUUCUUCUUCUUCUUCUUCUUCAUCUUCUUUAGGUUGUCGGUUUGUUUGUUCUUCAGUAGAGAAAGAGUCGCAGCAGUUUGAAGUAGACCAAGAUAAGGCCAGAGAAGCCCUCAAACAGCUUGACCAGCAGCUCCAAUCUCUCUCCCAAAAACAAGUCCGUUCUCCUAAGAUAAAGGCUACCGAUGUGAAUCUUACGACUACAAGAGAUCAAACGACGGAAGAAGCACAAGAUUUCUCGGGGUCUUUUCUGGCUUACACAGCUGGUGCUCUUUUUCUUCUCACUAUUUUCUACAAUGUCUUCUUCUAUGCUGUUAUAAAACCAGCCAUUGAUGGACCAGAUGAAUCUCCAACUAGAGUUGUGGAAAGACAAAUCGCGAAGUAGGAGUUCUCAGUUGAGUGCUGAAGCUGCAGCUAUUUUGCAAAAUUGUUGAACAAAAUAAUGCUGCGUUUUCUUUUUUGUAACGCACAUGAAGAAUUUUAUAGCAAAAUAAUUCUGUUUAAUAGUGCUUGUAGCAUUUGAAAGAUUCCACAUCUUGAGUCAUUUCAAUAUGAGAUCUAGCAUGAGCAAACGACAAUGUAUCCAUUUGCAAAACGAUUCAACCAAAGGGUGAAUCUUUUGGUGGCUUGUGUAGAUUAGUAAGAAAAUUUAUAAGCCGUUCAU